GAAAAAUGGCCUAAAAGCAAAAUAAAAACUAAACGACAUUGACGUUUAGAUCUGUCAUACUAGACGUCAACAACAUCGACUUGUCAAACAAACUAGAAAAAUGGACACAGCAAUCGCAACACUAGUUCCAGACAAUGUUCUCGAAGUAAUAUUUUCCUUUCUAACAUUACACGACUUAAGAAAUUGCUCUCUCGUAUGCAAAAGGUGGUAUAGUUUCCUAAACGACGAAAAUAACGACGUGUGGCGGUUACAUUGUGUCAGAAAACUAGCAGAAGAAGCUCUAAAAUCAGAUCUUCUGAGCUCUGUCCCCACCUACAAAGCCAAAUUAAGAGCCUUUCACCACGCUUGGAAUCCAAAUGAUUGUUCUAGGAAUAUUUAUAUCAAACCAAACGGUUUUACGCUGCAUCGAAAUCCUGUAGCUCAAAGUACGGAUGCCUCAAGGGGAAAAAUAGGAUUUAGACAUGGUAGACAUGCAUGGGAAGUGAUAUGGGAAGGCCCUUUAGGAACUGUUGCAGUUAUAGGAAUAGCAACUAAAGACGCUCCUCUCCAAUGUCAUGGCUAUGUUGCUCUUCUAGGUUCAGAUGAUCAAAGUUGGGGUUGGAAUUUAGUAGAUAAUCAUUUAUUACAUAAUGGAGAUGCCCAGGGCAACUAUCCUAUGCUUAAUAAUGCUCCUAAAUAUCAGGUUGGAGAAAGGAUACGAGUCAUAUUAGAUUGUGAUGACAACACAUUGUCAUUUGAAAAGAAUUAUGAAUUUUUAGGAGUGGCAUUUAGAGGUCUCCCAGACAAGAAAUUAUAUCCGACCGUAUCAGCCGUGUAUGGUAACACGGAAGUAUCGAUGGUCUAUCUCGGCCCACCGUUGGAUGGCUAACAUACCAUCAGAUGAGCACUAGUCGAAUAAAUUCAAAAAACCAAAGAAACUGGAGAGAGAUUAACAAACGUCUGUUUCAAAGAUGGUUCAAUUCAGGAUAACGUUGGUUAGCGUAAG